AUGCAGCAACAUCCCUACACCACAACGUACAUCAGUUGUCCUGCCUUUGGGCAGCCAAGCGCCGGCACCGAACAGAAGCAGCCGCGCCCGAGGAGCUGCCAGCCCCAGGCCCCCCGGCCACGCGGCAAGACAUCCGUCAUGGCGCCACCGACGACGACGACGACCUCGUGUGCUAUGCUCCCGCCGCUGCCGGCUGUAGCGGUGCCGCCUUUGUGCGUGACGUGCCAGAGCCUGGGCAUGGUGUACCGGGAAAAGGCCGUGGACAAGAUCAAGACGUGCGCGCUCUGCAACGGUGUGGGGAUCGUGAAAUUGCUAGCCAAGAGCGCCGAGGGUAUCUGCUGGUACUGCUGCGGCGAGGGGGAGACAAAGUACAGAGCCGUGGACGCGGGCUGGAUACAGUGUUACUGCAAACAGCAGCUAAAGAGGCGGCCGUCGCAGCCGGGCACAGUCUCGAUACCAUAA